AUGGACAAAUUAAACAGAUGGGCGGAAUAUUUCAAAGAUCUAUUAAAUACAGAUCAACAAGAGGAACUUGGUAUCGUAAAUAGAGGUGACUCAUUUAGAAGACGACGUUCAAGAAGUAACAGCUUAAUCCCACCGUCGAUAGGUGGCACUCCCUCCCCUGUCCUAGACAUGCCCGACCAAAACUUGUCAGAAGUAUUAUCAUAUGUCGUAUCAUUAUUAGGUGCUCAAGGAGUUGGUAAAACCGCUUUGAUCAGUCAAUUUAUGACAUCAGAAUGUAUAAAUGCCUACGAUAGACAAAAAGAUCUGCGGGGAGCUCAAACGGUAUCCAUUAUGCUGAACGGAGAAGAAUCCGAAUUAACAUUUCAAAACACAGGGACGUUAAAGGACGUUGUCGACAAGAUCCACCACCCCCCUGAUGCUUUCAUCGUCCUUUAUUCAGUUGUUGACAAGGCCAGUUUUCUGAAGGCGGAAACGGAAUUGAGCAGGCUGCAGGAUACUGACCAGCUGCGAUCUAGACCGGCUAUCCUCGUCGCCAAUAAAAUCGACUUGGCUAGGAGCAGAGCGGUGUCAACACAAGAUGGCAAAUGCUUAGCUUGCACGUAUCGUGCGAAAUUUAUAGAAAUCUCUGUGGGCAUCAACCACAACGUAGACGAGCUCUUGGUAGGAAUAUUGACACAAAUCAGACUGAAAGUGCACAAUUUCGACGAAAGCGGGCAUACACAACAAUGGUACAAAAGCAGAGGGAUGGUCAAAGCCAGCAUGAAGGCCCGCCAAAUGUUUACGUGGUUAUUCGGAAGAGAAGAUUCCAAGUUUAAAAACUGCGAGAAUCUUCACAUUCUGUAG